GUGGCAUCUGACUUCUGACUUCGAACACUCACGUAAGUUUAGGUAACUUUUUAAAAAGGAAGGUCAGGAAAUUUCUGAAAUUUUUAUUUUCAGUGAGCAAAAUUAAGGAUAUCACACAUAAGCCUACUAUUUUGGGUCGAAUCGCGAUUGCCUGUCAUCUGCACGAAUGUUUGUUUAGUCGAGUUACACGGUGCCACGUACCGUCUCGAUCUAAUAUAAAGAAGUAAAUUCAAGAUGCCUCCUCCCCGACCCCAAAACCAACAAAAUCAACCGUCCCGCAGUGGAUAUGAUAUUCCUAUCAAGACUCUUCUUUUCGACAGGAAGUAUCUGUGGUUUUCUGCUACUGUGUUUUUCAUCUCAGAGAUAUUUGUGAACGUUACUGUGAUCGAAAAAGUGAAGUAUACCGAGAUUGACUGGAAGGCUUAUAUGCAGGAAGUAGAAGGAGUUAUCAAUGGCACUUAUGACUAUAUGCAACUCAAGGGUGACACAGGACCUCUGGUGUACCCAGCUGGCUUUGUGUAUAUCUUCAUGGCACUGUACCAUGCUACCGACGCAGGAACCAACAUCAAGCUUGCGCAAUAUAUAUUUAUGGGUUUAUACCUGAUGAAUCUCAUCAUGGUGUUCAAGAUCUACAUGAGAACAAAAAAGAUUCCACCAUAUGUGUUUUUCUUCAUGUGUUGCGCAUCGUAUCGAGUGCAUUCCAUCUACGUUCUACGUCUUUUCAACGAUCCAGUCGCUAUGUACUUCCUUUAUGUAGCCAUCUGUUUGUUCAUGGAUAACCGCUGGACUAUAGGGUGCUUCUUCUUCAGUAUAGCAGUAAGCAUCAAGAUGAACAUCCUUCUGUUUGCUCCAGCCCUUCUGAUUCUACUCCUGACACAGUUUGGAUUCUGGUGGACUAUACCACGGCUUGCUCUUUGCGCUCUUGUCCAGCUUGGCCUUGCUUGGCCCUUCUUACAAGCCAACCCCGAAGGUUAUAUCCUACGGUCAUUUGAGAUCAGCCGCCAGUUCUUCUACAAGUGGACGGUCAACUGGAGACUUAUUCCUGAAGAGCUCUUCUUAAAUCGUCAUUUCCAGUUGGGUCUUCUUGCUCUUCACCUUCUUGUCCUGUUUCUCUUUGCUGUCCAUCGUUGGAACAGGAGGAAUGGAGGCAUCUUUGCUCUUCUAAAGGCCCCCACCUUGCCAGAGAAGAGUGUAUUAAAUGAGAAUUAUAUUGUAGGUACCCUCUUCACAUCUAACUUUGUAGGAAUGGCCUUUAGUCGUACCCUUCAUUAUCAGUUCUACGUCUGGUACUUUCAUACUCUGCCAUACCUUUUAUGGAGCACAGAUUAUCCUGAUAUGAUAAGAUUAUUGAUUCUUGGUGUGAUAGAACUUUGUUGGAACACAUACCCAUCAACUCCGCUAAGCUCUGGUGCCCUCCACUGUUGUCAUAUGGCCAUUCUAAUUGGUCUAUGGUGGAGUAAGGAAGAAAAGGGGGCGGCUGCAGCUCGAUCGCAAAUAUCACAGGAUGCCAAAGAUGAAUAGGUACAAGCAGUUUAGAUUUUUUCUCUCGUUAUUUUGUAUUAUUGGUGAUAACUUUCAACAAAUUUUGAUUGUUUAAAAUAAUGUUUGCUUGCCACAAAUUGAAGAAAUUUGAAUUAGGGAUGGCCUUGAUAUAUUAACAUCAUUCAUCUACAGAGAUCAUAUUUGAAUUCAAAUUAAAUGCAUGAUGGAUAUAAUGUUAGAAAGAUACUCCUAGAAAAUCUUUUUAUUUUUCAAGAUAACAACCCCAGGGGGGGGGGGCUAAGAGUUGUACUUAAAUGUCCAAUUGCAUGCAGUAUAAAAGGCAUAGCAUCGCAUUGAUCAAAUCAUGCUCAUUGUACAUUGAAUUUUGUACAUGUACGUGCAUUGGCAAUAAGCAUAAUUUUAAAGAUAAAUACCAGUUUAGGUGUGGUAAUGAUCUCAAAAUGAGUUCGGACAGAAUCCAAUGAAAUGACCACACAAGUGUUUGUAUGUAUAUAUAAGAAUAUGUGCCUAAUGGUUCUGGAAAAAAAUGUCUAAGUGCUCAGAAAUGAGCAAAAUAGGCACGGAAUUCCAUUAAAUGUCGGAUGUUUUUCCAAACAUUAUUAAUAUACUGUCCCACAUAUGCCUUUUUGAGUUAGUGAUCAUCUGCUAAGAUUUCAUGAUUUCACAAAGAUAAAGUUUAUUUCAAUGUACCAGAACUAGAUCGAUGAUAAUAUGGUGGCUUUUAACCUUGAUUUUAAAGACUUUCUCAUGAAAUAAGUGUUUGCUACUACUACUUUUUUUCACCUUUAAGUCACACUUAAAUCUGUAUACCCCCCUGGUUAGAAGUUCGUUGUGUGCAUGAAUUACCUUUAGUUUUAUGCCAUCCAUUAAUAAUGGGCUAUUUCUGUUACUCAUUCCCGUACUUGCAGUAUUUCAAAUAUGUCAAAUGCAAAAUGUGGCAUUGCAUUUGGUUGUAAAUCUCUGU